GACUCCCAGCGACCGUCACCCUUCUGUCUGUGAGGGCGUGUGUACCUCCUCCAUCACUGCGCAUUCUUAUCACGCGGCCAAACUGCGAGCGUGGUGGGCUUCCCGUAAUGGCGCUCGCUAGAGAUUGCUAUCGGAGAGGCUUGUGGAGGAGGCGUUCGACCUGCAUGCUGAGACUCGCCCGCGCAUGUCACUGGUGCUGUGUCUCGAUACCGGUACGAGGCAGACCACCGGCUAUGCUCUCCGCUGCUCUAUCUACCGGUUCCGAAACCCAGGACGAAGCUGCAGAAGAUGGGCGUCAACCCAGUCUUUGACGAAGCGUGCAUCGUCGCAUCAACAUACGCUACACAAGGCCAGCGCUUGCAUAUGCGAAAUACAGUAGUGCACUCGCCAGCUCUGGACUGGGCGAAGACCCCACCUGCGCUCGCGUGGUUGUUCCCCGCCAUGGACGGAUGCCGUCAGCUGCCUACAUUUCUCCAGCGCAUACACAGUAGAGGAUGGUAAGACGGGCUCUCAUCUCUUAUGCCCUGGAGCAUUUACCUACCUAUUGGAAGUACAAGCAGCAUCCCAGGACCGUCGCCCUCUGUCCGCCUUGUCAUUUGCUCGCUGUGUAUCAAGAAGCGAAGCGCCCUCAUCCCGCGGCUGUGCCUUGGACGUCACAUGCCAUCACUCACGCUAUUCGUACCAACAUCGCUACAAAGUACUGUAUAGGCCGGCGGCCCUGCGCAACUCUGCGCUUGUACCUGACGGUUAAACCAGGCUCGUGAGAUCGGCCAAAGAUAUCACUUGCAUACAACUCACGUGGCCUGAGUGGAAUUCAUGAGUGUGAAGCUCUGCAGGGCAUUGUGCUAUUGGUAGAAAACAUGUAGUUUGUUGCAUGGAUCUGUGCUUGCCCCCA